CAAAUCAAAAUCGCCCCUCCGUUUCUUCCCCUCCCCUCCCUCGUUUCCACCCUGAUCCGACCGGGGUUUUGUCUAGAAAACCAGCAGCCCGGCUCACCUCCAGGCGACCGACCGCUGCUGCGGCGAGAGACCCCGCGCGGAUUCCUCCCUGGCCCCCGCCCCGAUCCGGCGAUGGACGCCGCGUCCAGACCUCCACCGCCGCGCGGCGCCGGGAUCUGCGUCCGCGCGCCGCUGGUGGAGUCUGUGUCCUGCUACUGCAGAUUGGAUACAGGUCUUAAAACUGUUGUUGAUGCCAGAAAGUUUGUUCCUGGUGCAAAGAUGUGCAUGCAACCUGAAGUCAAACAAAACAAGCGCAAGUCAAGGAGCUCAAGGAAGGAAAGGUCCAGAACACAUGCACCACUUUUACCUGGCCUUCCUGACGACCUUGCUAUCGCCUGCCUUAUACGUGUUCCUCGAGUUGAACACCCCAAUCUCAGGCUAGUUUGCAAAAGAUGGAACCGCCUUUUAUCUGGGAAUUACUUUUACUCCUUGCGCAAGAAAAUUGGAGUGGCGGAAGAAUGGGUUUACAUCUUUAAAAGGGACCGUGAAGGGAAGAUAUCCUGGCACGCCUUUGACCCACUACACCAACUAUGGAAGUCACUCCCACCAGUUCCACUUGAGUAUUCAGAAGCAUUGGGCUUCGGCUGUGCUGUUCUGAGUGGUUGCUAUCUGUACUUAUUUGGUGGCAAAGAUCCUUUGAAGGGCUCUAUGAGGCGUGUUGUAUUCUACAAUGCUCGGACAAACAAAUGGCACCGAGCUCCAGAUAUGCUUCGGAAACGUCACUUUUUUGGUUCUUGUGUCAUAAACAAUUGUCUCUAUGUUGCUGGUGGGGAGUGCGAAGGAAUACAGAGGACAUUGCAGUCUGCAGAAGUUUAUGAUCCAAAUAGGAACAGAUGGGCCUGCAUUACUGAAAUGAACAAUGGGAUGGUGCCUUUCAUAGGAGUUGUAUAUGAUGGCAAGUGGUUCCUAAAAGGGCUUGAUUCCCAUCGCCAAGUGACGAGUGAAGUUUACUUGCCAUCAUCCAAUGCCUGGUUAGCCAUUGAUGAUGAACUGGUUACAGGCUGGCGGAACCCGAGCAUUUCCAUCAAUGGCCGGCUCUAUUCAGCUGACUGCCGGGAUGGCUGCAAGCUUAGAGUGUACGAUGACAACACAGGAACAUGGACAAGAUUCAUGGACAGCAAGCAUCAUUUGGGCAGCUCACGUGCUUUUGAAGCUGCAGCCCUGGUCUCACUCAAUGGGAAGCUUUGCAUUAUCCGCAACAACAUGAGCAUUACUCUUGUUGAUGUCUCGGACCCAACUAUGAGUGCUGAGAUGGAUAGUGCACGCAUGUGGGAAACUGUGGCUCGGAAGGGCCAGCACAGGUCAUUUGUAGCAAACCUGUGGUCGACCAUUGCAGGACGGAACUUGAAGAGUCACAUUAUCCAUUGUCAGGUGCUGCAAGUUUGAGGGCAGCUGUUGUGAAUGGGAACAUGAUCAGAACAAUGAAGCAUCAAUGCAACAGCUCUCUGCUAAAAGGCUAGUUUGACUAGUUAGGAGUAUUGUGGCAAAAGAAGCUCAUUGCCAUAUUUCCCAAACAGAUCCUUGUUCAUUUGACGCCCAGAAACUCCAACUAAAGAUUCUGGCAGCAUUGGAAGAUAAUCAUUGGCAGGAAAAGUGUAUCAGAAUUUGAGUGGAAAUCGGGAAGCGAGAAGAAAAUCUCCCCAGUAUAAUGGGAGUCUAUUCAGUGGUAGGCAUGAGAGUUUAUUCAAUCAGUGGCGGGCGGGGAAAUUUACAUGGUUGGAUAUCACUUCAUAAUUUAGGAUCUGCACCAUCAGUCUCUCACUUUUCACUGUAAUUGUCUAUCUUGUAUCGUACUGCUUAAUGUUGGUGUAUGUUGUAGUGGCAGGCUAGCUAGACUGCAGGAUUAGAAAAGCUAUAAGCCUAAUGGUUAUUCUACUUCUAAGUUUCAUUUGUCAUGGCUGUAAUGUCUGAAAGUUUCCAUA